CUCAACUCUUGACUGUUGACUCGUGACUGUAUACACUCGUGACUCAUGAUCAAGACCCAUCACAACAUCCCUUCACAAGUCGCUAUCGUAUCACACUGCAUGCGUGCUCAGCGCGUCUGACGUGGCUUCACUCCAAGCCGCUGACGCGCUGAGAAGGCCUCCAUUGAGAAUGCCUGACUUUCAGCCUUUCAUCUACGAAACGCAUGGAUGGAGCGCGACAUUCAGCCUGCAGCCUACCUCGCGGCAGGUGGCACUGCACGCCAUAUCUGCCGGUGAGGAGCCAGCUUCGUCUAGAGACGUCUGUGCAGCGCUGGAGAAAUGCGCGCACGCACAGUGGCUUAGCAAAGAUUCCCAAGCGAUGCCCUUGGGGCACCUCCUUCUGAGUCACGCCGAAUUAGGUGAUGCGGGUCUGGAAAGGGUUCUCGAGACAUUGUGCAAGUACAAACUCGGUCAUCUUGGACGUGACGCCGAGCGCUUUGAAGAUGAGGAGGAUCCUCAAGCGAAGCCAGGCUAUCAAAGAACACGCAGAGCAUACAUCCGCUUAAGAACGCUGCGCAUCGACAACAAUUCAUUGACGGACAAGAUACUGGACCCGCUUGCCUCUUAUCUUCAGAACAAUGUCGACCUGCUGCAUCUUGAUCUAAGCGGCAACGAUCUGGUGAUUGCUGCUCAAAGCUUUUAAGAGCGCUAGGCACUUCGAAUUUAAAGACGAUUCAGCUGAAUUCAAAUUCGUUCAGUGCUCGAAACCUGGCGUCCUUGCUGGACAACCUCUACGCUCCAGCUCUUCGAGCGAUUCAUCUAAAUGCAACUCUCGACGACUAUGACACAGAAGAGGCAGCGAAAGCCAUAGC